GGCUGUGCCAACCGCAUGUAACAUCACUAGCAUCAGUCCAACUUGUCAAUCCAUACCUUUGUUUGAUCAUCAAUUCAUCUUAACCGGCCUAACACGUGAGAAUUAGCAAGAUGACGCAAACUCACCCCCGAAACCAAACCAUAUUUGCGCCGUCGAGGGUAGAUCACAACGGCAUCAUGUCUAUCUUUUUGGCCGGUACUACUACUAGGACAGACGACACCCGGGACUGGCGCGAGGUGUUAACCGAAUCUCUCGCGGAUUUGCCCCUCACCGUCAUCAACCCGUAUCGAUCAGAUUGGGACUCAAGCUGGCGAGAGGAUAUUACAUGUAAACCUUUUCGAGAGCAGGUGGAAUGGGAACUCGACAUGCAAGAAAAGUCCCAUAUAGUCGUCAUAUUCUUCCACCCGGAAACUGGAGCACCCAUCAGCCUGCUCGAGCUUGGGCUUUGCGCGAGAGCUAAGAAAGCUAUCGUCGUGUGUCCUGAUGGGUAUCAUAAGAAGGGAAACGUCCAGAUUGUAUGUCAAAGAUAUGGUCUUGAAAUUGCAGAGAACUUUGAUACAUUAAAGGAGACUAUCGUGAAGAGACUGCCAAUAGGUUCUUUGUGAGCUUGGUGAAUGUGGUAUAGUUUUGCCCGAGUGCCCGAGUUUAUGAGGGAUGACCGGAUUUAAGAAUAAUGAAUAAUAUUUGUUUCAAAAUAUAUCAAACCCCCUUUUUACCAUCAUUCACUUACAUGUCUUUCAACCUUCCCAUACCAGAGGAAAAUAAGUAAACAGCAAGCUUGACGUCAAAG